AUGGACAAAAUCAAGGAGAAGCUCCACAUUGGCAGCGGUCGCCGCAAGUCGCAGCCUGACAACGACUUUGCUACCGGCACUGGUCAUGUCGGUACUAUUGAGGAAAACCGUGACUCGAUCGACUCUGAACUUGCAGCGAUGCCUCCACACGAGCGUGUUGCCUACCUGAAAGAAUUUGAAGAGUCGGAUAAGGCCGACGCACCCAAGAAGGGGGGCCUCAUCGAGAAACUCAUUGCCCGAGGCAACAAGAAGACCGAAGACCAGAUUGCAGCAGAGACCAGGGAGCGCGAGGCACGCGAGAAAGCUCACCGCGAAGCAACGCACGCAGCCAUGGGUCCUGGUGCGGGUGCUAGCGCUCAAUCAGCUGCAGGCCCCGGUGGCUUGUAA